GUAGGACCUAAUAUACUCUUAAUAUUYUACAGCUCGGCGGUCAUAGUAUCAUACAAGUAUUAUUUUAUCCGAAUACCACGUUCAUAUCUAUGUUUACAUUAUUGUACUGUUAAAUUCAUUUUUGGGUGUUUUUAAAAACGGAAAUAAUUUAAUGUAAACAUAACCGAAAAUUUGAAAUCGGUYAUACAAAAUAUUAUUAAGCUUCAAUUCACAAUAUGUAGGAAUAUAAAUAAAAUAUGCAGAAAUGUGCAGACGUGCAGGUUACGUGUUCCUAUAAUAAAACUAAAUAUUAAUAUGUUUUCAUUUUACUUCUUGUACAUAGAUGUAUGGCGUUCAUAYUAAUAGAAUUUUAUUAUGUUGUAACAGUAUAUUAUGUAWUUGAUUUUUCCUAAUAUUUCCUUUUAAAUAAAACGUCCGUUCAUGUAAAUGCGCAGUGUUCAACCGACAAGUUUUUUUAAGCUUUAUAGGUAAAUUUAAUCGACAGGUUCAAGUAAAUAAUAAUUAUUAGAGUUAUAAAAUAAUUCCAAACAUCCAUAAAGAAAAGCCAGUUUGGAUAUUAUUUAAAGAAAUAAGAUCUGCAGUUAUUGAAAUUCUGACAAAUGUAACUUAUUUAUAUCCGAUUUUGCACCUAUAUUAUACGAAUUGACUCAAUGGUAUUUGUAAACGAGUUUCUUUGAAGAUUUUAAGUACCUAUAAUCAAAAAAUUCACGAUUUCUGCACCUAGAGAUGCGCAGCUGUAGUUUUUGACCAUCAAAUCGAUAAAAUCAUAUUUCAGUGCAGAUUAACAAAAAAUCAAACAAAAUGUUUAACAAGGGUGUAUACAGGCAAAUAUAUGUCACCAUAGUCGCGACCAUUUCGAUAUUCAUCAGCGGUAUGUGGUUGGGAUGGCCAAGUUCGGUKGUGGAAAAGUUCGUCAAGCACGAGACGGACUUCAACGCGACCAUGGAAGAGCUGUCGUGGAUCGUGGCCACGAUGGACCUGGGCAACGUGAUCAGCCCGCUGGUGGCCGGCCACCUGAUGGACUGGAUGGGCCGGAAACCCAGCACCGUGAUGCUGGGGCCGCUGUUCAUCGUCUCGUGGACGCUAACGCUGUUUGUGCCCACUGCCUGGGCGCUGUACACGGCCCGUCUGCUGGCUGGCAUGGGCAAGGGCAUAUCGUACACGGUAGUGCCCGUGUACUUGGGCGAGAUAGCGUCGCCUGCCAUACGCGGUGCAUUGGGAAGCGUGUUCUGCCUUCAGUUGCACUUCGGCUUUCUGCUAGAGGCAGUAAUCGGGCCGCUGUUGUCGUACCACGUGCUAAACGCCGUUUCCGCCGUCGUGCCUGUCUUGUUUUUCGUCACUGCUGUUUGGCUGCCCGAAUCACCGUACUAUCUGCUGAAGCAGGGUCGACGGCCCCAGGCCGCCGUGAGCCUGCAGUGGUUUCGGGGCGGUGGUGACGUGACCCCCGAACUAGAUCGGAUGGAGGUAAACGUGCGCAAGGAGAUGGAGAACCGGUCCACGUUUCRGGAGCUGUUUGCYAGCCGGAAGGACAUGCACGCGCUGGCCAUCGUGGUGGCCGCGUGUGCCACGCAGCGAGCGGGUGGCAUCAGCUGCAUAAUGGCCUACUCGGCGCUCAUACUGCCGGAUACGGGGUCGCUGUUGGACAAACACGAAUCGGUCAUGCUGUUCGCCAUCACGCUGGCCGUAGUCAACUUGGUGGCCGUCGCGCUGGUGGACAGAGUGGGCCGGAAACCAUUACUACUCCUCUCCGAGGCGGGCAUGGCUAUAGUGACGAUGACGUUCGCCGUGUUCUUUUACUGUUCUCGGGGCGACGGCGGAGAAUGGGUCAUCCGCGAGUUCGCUUGGCUUCCGUACCUCUGCCACUGGUUGUUCGCCGUCAUGUUCGCGGUUGGCGUGGGGUUCGUGCCUGUCGUGUUCCUCGGUGAGAUGUUCCCGGUGAACAUCAGGUCACACUGCUCGGCGAUCGCUUCCAUCACCCUCGCAUUAUGUUCGUUUUUCACCAACAAGAUAUUCCUGUUCGUGUCUAACCACUACGGGUUCUACGCCAUGUUUWUACUGUUCACCAUCGUAAAUUUCACCGGCACGUUUUACACGUACAAGUACGCCAUCGAGACGAAGGGCAAGACGUUACAGGAGAUUCAAGAGCAGCUGCACGAUACCGUUAGACGUCGACGAGAGAAGACCAAUCAAAACGAUAUUUAAAUAUUUAGGUAUUAAAUAAUAACAAUUUAAUGCCAACAUUUUUUUGAUGAUAAUUUGA